GCCUCUAUUUGCAGCCACUUGGAGCUGGGGCUGCGACCUCGGUUUAUGUUAUUCUUCGGGUCGCGGUGGCUUAUUCUUCCAUUAACUCCAGCUCCUCUCGUCACUGAGAAGGUUUGCAGUGUGUUAUAAAUGUUCUUCCUGGAGGAGGGGUAUACCCUGUGGAGUGAGUUAUCGGGCUGGAGGCCGCUGCUGCUCGUCAUGUUGCUGGUGGUCGGGGCCUUUAUCGUUGCCUUCAUCCUGCUGCUGUACAUGGUGUCGCCGCUGAUCAGCCCCAAGCCGCUGAAACUCAGCGGCUCGCACGUUGUGGUGACUGGAGGGUCAAGUGGCAUUGGCAAAUGCAUUGCCAUUGAAUGCUUCAAGCAAGGUGCUUUUAUAACCUUGGUGGCUCGGGAUGAGACUAAACUUCUGCGGGCAAAAAAGGAAAUUGAGAAGCAUUCAAUUAAUGAUAAACAGGUGGUAUUGUGCAUAUCGGUUGAUGUCUCAAAAGACUAUGGACAAGUGCAGAGUGUGAUAAAGCAAGCACAUGAAAAGCUAGGACCAGUGGACAUGCUGAUAAACUGUGCUGGAACAUCAGUUGCAGCAAAGUUUGAAGAUGUUGAUGUAGGCUUUUUCAGAAGGUUAAUGGAGAUCAAUUAUCUGGGGAGUGUUUAUCCAACACGGGCUGUCAUUCACACUAUGAAAGAAAGAAGGAUGGGAAGGAUAGUGUUUGUAUCAUCUCAAGCAGGUCAAGUGGGGUUAUUUGGAUACACAGCUUAUUCUCCAUCCAAAUUUGCUCUUCGUGGAUUAGCUGAAUCAUUGCAAAUGGAGGUGAAGCCAUAUAAUAUCUACAUUACUGUUGCUUACCCUCCUGACACAGACACACCUGGAUUUCAGGAAGAGAAUAAAGGCAAGCCUUUAGAGACCCAGAUGAUUUCUGAAACUUCAGGGUUAUGUCAGCCAGACCAAGUGGCAAAAAGCAUUGUAAAAGAUGCUGUGCAAGGGAACUUUAACAGCUCAUUUGGUUCUGAUGGAUACAUGUUAUCUUCUCUCACCUGUGGUAUGUCUCCUGUCACCACUAUUACAGAAGGUCUUCAGCAGAUUUUUACAAUGGGCCUAUUCCGUACAAUUGCUCUAUUUUAUUUGGGAAGUUUUGACAGUAUUGUACGCCGCUGUAUGAUGCAAAAAGGAAAGUCUGAAGAUUUGGAAAAGAAGGAUUGACCUCCAUUUGAUUUGGAGCACAGGGAUCAGCCCAGGGAAGUUGAACGACUGAAGAUGUUUCGGUGAACAAUAAUUUUGGUUUUGUCUCAAUGGCACCGGGCAUUGGUUGUGGAUGAUGGAAGAAUAAUCCCACAAAAUAAAGUUAAUAUAAUAGUUGUAUGAGGCUGAUGCUUAAAGUGGAAAUUUCCAUAUAAUUUAUAACCCCUUUAUGGACUGGCAGGAGUGCAUGUGAUUAAAAUCAUUAAGUGUCUAUUUUUUAAUGUGUUGUCAUGACACGUGCUAUUUUUGUAAGUGAUCAAAUUCUCCCUGAAUUAAAGUUAGUCUGCUUCAUUUCAUUCCUGCACCCUUUGCAUUCCAUGUCAAGGGAAUCAGCAAAUGAACGUUUUAGUCUCGGCUUGUUCACCUGGCUUUAAUCGUCACAAUUAAAAGUAAAUCCCUUUUUAUUUUGAAAUUGCAUGGUUGCAGUUUAGGAAUUUGAGUUUCUUCAGGUAUCUCGUGGGAGGUAUUCACUAAUCAUACAAUUACAUUCCCCUAUAAUGUAUUUGUUCAAAUGCCUGAUUUGAAAAAAAGCAAAGUGGAUUUUGGCCUUGUGACUGUGGCACCAAUAACAACAUGAUUUGAAAUUGAGAUUCAUUAAGCAGUACUUGGUAACAUAAACAAUUGAACUUUGUAUUACCAUUACUGAUUUCCUAUCAGGUGGUAAUUUGAUGCAUUACCUCAAAUUUCAGUUUAAGUAAUAUUCUCCUUUCAAUGUUGUUUUCAGACUUAAGUUAUCUGGUUAUUUAGGAUAAGAGAAUGCUUGGGUCUGAGGGAGGAAAAUGCUGAUAUUUAAAUAAUGCUGUCAGAUCUUUGGCAUUUGUUUGAAAGUAUUUACAAAUCUUCUGUUGAAACUCAACUGUAAAAUGGCUCCUCUAAUAAAGAAGUGCUGCUGCAGUAAUGAACUGGCAUCUCUGGACUGGGAUUAGAACCCACAAUCCUCCUAGAUUAGAGGUUGCUGCUGAAUCAAGGAUGAUACCAUAAGGAAGCUUGAAAUGGUGUUCAAAGAAAAAUCUUAUUUAACAUUUUUAACAAAUUGUGCAGCAUGUGGACACAGAGACUGUAGAUGCUGGAUUAUUGAGCGAAAAACAAACUGCUAGAGAAACUUUGUGGAUCAAGUGACAUAUGUGGAGGGAAAUGGACGGACGAAGUUUUGGGUUGGAACCCUUCUUCAAAGUCUGAAAAAGGAUCCCGACCAGAAACCGUCUCUAUUUUCUUCUUUAGCAUGUACGAUUUAAAAAUUUAGUCAGUCUGUUCUAAAAGAUCAUCUGUCUAAUCAGUCAUGCAAUUUAAUUGGAUAUCUUUGUAAUUUAGUCAGCAUAGCCAUAGGUCCGUAGUGAAUUCACAGGCGAGAUCUAACUUUUCUAAGACCCUAAUAUUAAACAUAAAACUAGGAACUUCAAUUAUGUACAGUAUAGUUUUAAACUGGGUUUGAAAUGACAGUGGCCCUAAAAUUAUACAAAUGCUGUAAAAUCUGCAUUAGUUCACAGACAUUUAUUGUUACAUUUUUUUUAAUGAAUUUUUCAGUAUCUUUCUUUGAACACAGGUCUUCUGGAACAUCUGUCUGCAGGGGUGUCCCCAAACAAGUUUCAAGGCACUUGGGCGUCAUUUCCGCGACAUCAUUUACGUGUCAGGACGCAAUGCGCGCAUGGCGCGUGGUGAGACGUGGUGGCGUAGGCAGUGACGCGCGGUAGCGCCCCAUGAUUUUGGGAUUCUCUAAACCCUCGCACGCCACCUGCGUUACGCGCAAAUGACGCCAAAGUGGGACAGGCUCUUAAUUCUUCAAAACAGGCGUAAUAGAAUCCUGUUUGUUUUUGGAUUAACCUGGCAAUCCACUUUUUUUAUUAUCUAAAAUAGAUUGGUAUUUGUUCAACCUAAUUACAAUACUCUGUGUAAAUGGAUUCUGUCCUUUACUAUUAUUAGACCUUUUAGUGUUUCUUCAGUGCUGGGUCACUUCGGUAUUCAGCAGCUUGUGCAAUUCCUUAAUUACCUGCUGAGUUACUCCAGCACUGUCCCUUUGAAUAAGUUUAUUAGUUACUGUAAUAUAAUAGUUUUUUAUUCAUCCCAUUUCUCUUUUACUGCGAAUAGGAUGAUUGUGGGAUAGGAGGUUGAAAUCUGUAAAUCGUGUGGCUGCUUAAAUGAAAUAUGGGUGUAGAUGGCAAGACCAGCGUUUAUUAUCCAUGAGUAAUUAAUCUUGAGGACAAUGGAGACUCGCCAUUGUGAAGGUCACGGAUGCAACUUAAGAUGGUUGCGUCGAGGAUUCUGCUGGGGAAUUUGUGCAGUUGCGAACUAGGAUUGAGAUGAUUGGCCUCUCACUGCAUCCACCUUUAAUUGUUUAAGGCAUGCCUCAAUUCAGUGGCAUUUCCCCAAUUACAUUAGUUGGUAAAGGUACGCCGCAGUGCUUCCAGGUAGGAUGUUUCAGGAAUGUGACCAAGAGGUGUUGUACAAAGAGCUAUACUUCCAUAUCAAAAUAGAGUAUUAUUUCUAUGUGCCUGCUACUUAUCCUUCCAAAUAAGAGCUUGUGGAUUUGCAAGAUGCUGUCAAAGGAACCGAGGCAAGAUCCAACAUUGUCUUGUGGAUGAUUUCGCUGUAACCCACAUAUGCGGUUGCAAUCAAGUGGGUUACUUUAUUCCUCAUAAUCUGAAGCUGCUUGAUUACUGUACUUGUGCUUUGUGGAUAGUGAAAAGACCGUUAGGGGAAUCGAGUUGAAUCACUCUCCUCAGAAUGCCCAGUCUCCAACCUAGAGACCUUCAGGAUACUCGUAUAGGAUUUAACACUGAUUAAGUCGUCAACUGCACGGGAGUUGUUUCGGACUGCCUUGUUCGAGAUGGUCAGUAGCACAAAUGUUACUUUAAAAUCUUUUAUGACUAUUUUUGUCUGUCUUGUGGAAUGUAGUCUUGGAAUGAUUAAUUUUCUGAGGAGCUCCAGAUGGAAAUGAACACUGUAAUCAUGCACAACCAUCCCUUGUUCUUAUAAAUUGAAAAAGGUCAUGGAUGUAACUUUAGAUGAUUGCGUUGAGGAUUCUCCUGAGGAACUUGUGUAUUUAUAAACUAGGAAUGAGAUAAUUCUCUAACUACAACCACUUAUCAUUAUUUAAGGUAUGACUCCAUUUCGUGGCAUUUUCCCCAGUCAUUAACAUUAGCUUUAUUAGGACGCCAUGGUGCCAUAUCUGGUCAUGCCUCAUCUGGAAUUUGGCUCUUUAGUCUAUAUUUAGUUUGAAGUUGGGUAUACCAGAUAUGUGGGUGACUUGGUUAUAAUUUAGAUGUUGCAUCAUUUAGUGUUGUUUUUCUGCAGUUAAUAAUCCCACAACUCCCCUUUUCACAUACUUUGAAAGAAAAGAAAAAAAACACUAGUUUAGAUAAUAACUAUAAUAUACCUGAUUCGUUGAACUAAAAAUUAGCAUAAUUGAUGUUGCACUAUUUGUCUCAUUGCAUCUCUUCAAAACAAUUAGACUUGUUCGAAGUAGAAUAUAUAAUUAGUUCCUGACGGACAGAUUAAUAUAUUUGUACUGUUAUGACCAGCAAGUUUUUAUUUGUGGGAUUCAUUUUCUGCCAAUUGUUUCUAAUAGUCUUAAUAUUUCUGCUUAACAAACAAAAUUUCCAAAGUGAGAGCUUCCUUCAAACUGGAGAAUCUAAUGAAGAAGCAAAAAGAUGAUCAAUUAGGUGUUGUUCAGUUAAUCUUGCAAAUUUUGUUUUUGAUUAACCAAGGAGCCUGAAGUCAUUGGCUUUGUAAUUUCCUCAAAUACAUGCUUUUUACUUUAAUUGUCUUUGCCUUUAUAUUAAAUUGAUAUUUUGAUCACCCUCAACUCCUGAAUUGUCUAGUUAAACCACUCAAGCAGAUAGAUGUUUUGACAUAUUGCCAGGACUUAAAGCAAGUUUCUGCAUGAAUUUAAGACAAAUUAUAGUUUCAGUUAAAAGAUUAUCGGAGGUGUUCUACUUUGCACGCACUUGAUAUUCAUUAAGGCAAGAAUUUUAACACUCAAACUUAUUUUUGUUAAUCAUUGUGUACUAAAAUAUUAAAUGGACAUGGGAUUUUAUCCCGAUACACAUUUGAAGUACAGCUAAUGCCAAUAUUUGCACUUGUGUUGGGAAAUGCCACUCCAGAUAAGUUUUUAGAUUUUCAUCCAUACUAUAUUGUAAGAGUGAAAAUUGCCAUGGCAAAGCAUACCUUGGCAGUUCCUCAUUGCAACCAUUCCCAUAUGGUAUCUAAAUAUCUAUAUUUACGAAAGCCAUUUGAUAAUUACAGUUAUUUUCUUAAACCUCCUUUCCCAUACUGUGACUUCUUUAGCUGAAUAAAACAUCAAGUUCAAUUUAAUUUGUAGAUAUUGCAAUAUUUUUGAAAAGGUAUUUUACACUUGGUAAAUUCCCAGAUACAAAUGCUUUCUAAUUCACUCCUUAACUUUUUUUUUAAUGGGACAUUAACAUUGCUUGUCAUGGAGGCAAAAUGUGUAAGCUAGUGCAUGUAAUUUUUGAAUUGGUGUUAAUUUUUGCCUUGUAGAAUAUAUAUCAAGCCAUGUGUUUUGUAUGGAAACUUAGUGAUUAACCUGUACAGAUGUUCUAUUGAUGCUACAUUUUAAAUUAUAACCCUUCUCUCUUUGAUUCACUGGAUAGUUUAUUUGAACCUUGGGUUUUCACAGAACUGUAUUUGGAUUUAGUUGCAGACUUUUAUCUGCAGUGUUAAAGAAGGAUAUUUAAAAAAGUUUUAAAAUGUGCAGCAAUAUAACAGAAUAUUUGAUUAUAUCGUUCUGCUGAAAAAUGGAAAGUGGGAAUUGUUCUAUUUUUAAAAUUGUGAUGUAAGCCCAGUACUGCAGAUUUCCCAUUGACAUUACAAUUAUUACAUCCAGUGGGGGGAAGAGAACCUGGUUUGUCACAACCUGAAGUUAUUUCCUCCUUCCUCUUUGGGUACUGUGUCAUGACAUGUGAUUGGUUCCAAUGGCUCCUUCUAUGCAGCCUAUUACCGGCUGUGAUAGUGCACCACACUGAUCUUUUCCUUCCUCAGAGGCUCCGGCAAUGAACCUCCAAAGAUGACCUAACUGUGAUUUGGGAUCUUGCCAGGGGAGAAAUGAAGAGGGAGGAAUUUGAUCUAAACCCCUUUGCUCCACUAUAUUCAUGUACCAAAGUAUGCUUUAAACCCAUUUGACGCUCCAUUUAAUUGUUUAUUUAUAAAAUAUGUGCAGUGGUGUAAAAUAACAGUCCGUUCUGAUGGUUAGUGUUCCCAAAGAAACCCAAUCAACAACCUUUGCUUCCUGACCCCUCAAUAACAACUGACGUUGCCCUGAAUAUUUUUGUAUUGUUCAAAAAUAGACUGAAUUCCUGCUAUUGUUGGUAACCAUUUCAGAUAUUUACUGCCAAUUGUGUUCUUAGCUGUUCAAUUUAAAUGUUCACUAUAUCUUGUGCUGAUUUAAUUAUUUAAUCUUCCAUCGAUUCAGUUUUUUUUUAAAUCUAGUUUUUACUGUUCCCGAAUAAAGCUGACUAUUGUUAAACACAAGGGUCUUUAAUCCAUACUAAUAAUGAAUGAUGUUUGUGAUCACUAAAUGUGGAGGCACUCGUGACUGUUAGAUUGUUAAUGUUUGUAUGAGACUACAACAUGAUAGGAAUGUUGAAUUGGCAUUCUAUGCUUGGAUUAAAUUUGCCUCAAAAACCUGCCCUUUAAUUUUGUAAUUGCCGUUUAUACUAGGUACUGCCCUGGUCUUUUAAUGUUUUCUUCUGUUUAUUUCAACCAGUCUCGCUUUGUCACUUAAAGUCUUGAAUUAUGGUCUAAUAAAAUAUUUAUUCUUCCACUUA